AUGCCUGAACAAUAUGAAGUCACGGACAGCACUGAUUGGCUCACGACACCUUUGGGCUCGCUUGCUCAACUCGAAUCGUCCCUUCGCUGUCAAGUAUGCAAGGACUUCUUCACAACACCUAUGAUCACCAGUUGUUCGCACACCUUCUGCAGUCUUUGUAUACGAAGAUACCUUUCCCAAGAAGGAAAGUGUCCCGCCUGUCGAGAGUCCGACCAAGAGAUCAAACUGCGGCGGAACUGGGCUGUGGAGGAACUCGUCACCAGUUUCACGGCCUCAAGAAAAAGCCUCCUCGAGUUCGCACAGAAUGCUGCUCAGUCGAAAGAAGGUGAUGGUUUUGAGUCUCAAAGACCGAAGAAAAGGCGGAAGGUUGAGCAGGCUGCCACCAAUGGAGCGGAAAGACGAAGCACUCGAAGUCAGAGCAAAAAGGGCAACGUGCCCUGCAGUCAACAAAGCGAGAUGUCUACACCAGAGGUUGUCCUUGACAGCGAGGACGAAGGCAGCGUCUACGAAGAUGCCGGUGCGAGUAGUCCGCAUCCAGCCCGACGGCCCGCCGAAGCCAACGACGUCCGAGUGGCCUGCCCGUGUUGCCACCGGCGCAUGAAAGAAUCGCAGAUCAACUCGCAUUUGGACAGAUGCAUCGCGGGGGAUAGUUCGACCCCCUUCGAGGAAACCAUGUCGCCUGCGCCCCAACUUGCACCACCGGGAACCAUUGCGUAUGGUGUGGCCAAACCCGUAAACCAACAGACACGCCUCCCAUUCAUCAACUAUUCUCUCCUGAAUGACAAUGCGCUACGCAAGAAACUCCGAGACCUCGGGAUCCCCAACUCGGGCUCGAAGGAACUGAUGCGCCGGCGCCAUACAGAGUGGGUCAAUUUGUGGAACGCGAACUGCGACUCCACUAAUCCUGUGUCGAAGCGUCGGCUCUUACAGGACCUGAGGGUGUGGGAAGAUGCUCUGGGGAGGCAGAUAGACAGGGUAGCUGGCGCCUCGUCGGGGUUCAUGGCCAAGGACUUUGACCGACAAGGCCAUGCGAAGAAGCAGAAGGACAGUUUCGACGAUCUGAUCCGUCAGGCGAGGCAGAAGCGGCUGGCGCAGAAAGCGGCCGGCAGUGGGCUUCUGGGGGAGGAGGCGCCGCAGCCUGAUGGGCAAGUUGUGGGAUGUGGGUCAAGACUGGAGAGCACGCCGCAGCAAGUCGCGGCAGACGAAUGCCCUCCUGAAUCCGCGCGGCCUCCAUCAGAUUCCACACCACAGCCGGAUUUCUCCCUCCCUCCACAAGAUGCCAUGUCCGCAACCAAUAUACUGUGCCAAGACGAUGCUCUGAAUCACCAACCACACCCGACUCAGACUGCGAUACCCAUAUUGUCUCAGCCGGCCAGUCACCUGAGUGAUCUUGCAGCAAACGCAGACAUAUCUCCAGAGCCCCUGUCACCACCGCCACCGCCACCAGCAGCGCCAUCAGCCCGGUCCGCUGCGGUUCAUCAUCGCAUGUGGGAAUAG